CUUCAACACCUAUGUAUCUCAAUCUCUUUCUCUUUUUCUCCCUCUUUUUUUUAUACACUUGAGUGUACAAAACAUUAGGAACACCUUCCUAAUAUUGAGUUGCACACCCUUUUGCCCUCAGAACAGCCUCAAUUCGUUGGGGCAUGGACUACAAGGUGUCAAGCGUUCCACAGGGAUGCUGGCCCAUGUUGACUCUACAAGGUGUCAAGCGUUCCACAGGGAUGCUGGCCCAUGUUGACUCUACAAGGUGUCAAGCGUUCCACAGGGAUGCUGGCCCAUGUUGACUCCAAUGCUUCUUUAAGUUGUGUCAAGUUGGCUGGAUGUCCUUUGGGCGGUGGAUGAUUCUUGAUAGACACGGGAAACUGUUGAGCGUGAAAAACCCAGCAGCGUAGCAGUUCUUGACACACUCAAACUGGUGUGCCUGGCACCUACUACCAAACCCUGUUCAAAGGCACAUACAUCUUUUGUCUUGCCCAUUCACCUUUUGAUUGGCACACACACGAUCCAUGUCUCAAUUGUCUCGAGGCUUAAAAUUCCUUCUUUAACCUGUCUCCUCCCCCAUCAUCUACACUUAUUUUGAAGUGGAUUUAACAGGUGACAUCCAUAAGGGAUAAUGGCUUUUACUUGGAUUCACCUGAUCAGUCUGUCAUGGAAAGAGCAGGUGUUCCUAAUGUUUUGUAAGCUCUGUGUAUAUCCCUCCUCCUACUGUCUUUCGAUUCUGUUUUUCAUUGAACAUGUUUUAUUUUUGUCCAUUGAUUUGUGCUAAAUUGAAUGACUGUAUGUAUGAUAAUACAACCCGACCACUGGUGUUAUCUAUGAUAUUCCUUUUUGCUUCAGGUGAUGGGAAAAUGUGUGAACGGGAGUUACCAAAAUAGUUCUUUGUUUAUAAAUGUCUGUUAAUAUCCAAGCUUGUGUAUUGUUCAUGCACUACGUAUAUAUUGACUGUUCAUAGUAGAAAUGUUCACAGGGUGGUGUGUGUGUGUGUGUGUGUGUAUACUCACUGUUUUCAUCAUAUUUGUGGAUCUAUUUAGAUUGCUUUGUGCUUGUCAGCUAGGCGUCAUUUUCCAUUCUCACACACACACACACACACACACUUUUCAAAGGGUUAUUUAUCUUAAGAAUGUGGACUUGAACUUCCUUCCCUAUGCUUGGCUGCCUCUCUCUUGAGUUGACCUAAACACUCCUCUCCCAUUUUGUUAACAUUUUCAAGCCCUCUUAAAGGGCUUUAGCUGCCCCACUAAAGGUUAAUGUGCCCAGUCGUUUCCUUUCCUUGUCUUCUAUCCCCUUGAUCACUGAUCUAAGAGGGCUUUAAAGGUGAAAACAAAAUGUCCGAGCCCUAUCCAGUCCUAUCACCGUUGCUUGUUGAAGGUCCAGGCUGCAUCACAUCCGGCCGUGAUUGGGAGUCCCAUAGGGUGGUGCACAAUUGGCCAAGCAGCAUCCAGGUUUGGCCGGGGUUAAGGCACCAGGCGCACAAGGAGCUGUAUGCAUACAAACAAGUUAUACAGAAGGAAAAGGUCAAAGAGCUAAAUUUGCAUGAGAUAUGUGCGGUGUGCUUGGAGGAGUUCAAACAGAAAGACGAGCUGGGGAUUUGCCCGUGCAAACACGCCUUUCACAGGAAGUGCCUCAUUAAGUGGCUGGAGGUGAGGAAGGUGUGCCCGCUGUGCAACAUGCCUGUUCUGCAGCUCGCCCAACAGGCGGGCGUCACCAUCGACGUCACCGUGCCCAUACAGCAGCACCUGCCAGGCGUGGAAAAUCUGGUGUAGCGCAAACCGCAGUGCACACACACACACACACACACACACACACGACUACAUACACAUGUACAGGUACACUUAUGCCUCGAUCACACCGACAGCAUCAUUGCAUUUUUGGUACACCAGAAGUACAUUCAUUUCCAAUGGAACGCUGUGUUUACCUUGCAUACGUUCGAUGCUGCAUCAAAUUGUAUGCGUAGGCGGCUUGACAGAAAUGGUAGCAGAAGGGGAAUGCUGAAAUUUGUUGCACACAUAUCCAGAUGAUGCUGUGCACCAUUUUGCGCAAUGACUCUGUAGGUGCGAUCGAGGCGUUAUAUAUGAUUAAAAGACAGGACAGACGAUGGAGGAACUCAACAGUGUUACGAUGCGGACAGGGACUCACGGCGACGAAGAAGUGAGUCUGCUGCCUCUCCUCCUCUCAUCUCUCUGCUUUGGUGGAUUCACAUAAUGAUUUUUUUAUAUAUAUAUAAUUACGGUUCUUUUUAUUGACAAUUACAUUUUUUCUUGUGGACACAGCCGUGGUCACUAUUCUGACCGUUUCACAACCAAAGCACUUUUCUGGGGACACCAGCGCGUGACGAAUAAGAGACAUAAAAACCAACAACUACCACACGUUGAUAUGAAAAUGGCUUCAUCGUUUCGUUUUCUUUUUAACGACUAAACUUGUAUUUUUUUUUUUUUUUUCUACAAGCACUUUAAACAUUUUACUCAAACUUAAAUUGCUUGUGAGGAGGUUGUAGUAGCAACAAGGUUAUUUUAUUAUUACGAUUAACUUUUUUUGUGUGUACAUACAGAGCCACAUGAGUUAAUUUUAUAGUUGAGUGAAGAUUUCUUUUUUUGGGAGGGGGCCAAUACUAUCUUAAAGGGACAGUAGCCUCCAAAUGAAUUGACUUUGGGAUGCUCAAGGAACUGCAGAAUUCUGUGGCCUGAUCCUCCCUCUCACUCACACAUGCAAAAAAGGAUAUUGGAGGUGUGUUUAUGAAGGGAGGGUCACCCCAACCUCAGUACUUGGUGUUUAAACAACUUAAUGUGAAUUAAGAGAGCAAUAGGUUCGAAUGUGGGGUUGUGACUAGGAUGUGAUUCACCGGUGCAUCCGACUCUGCGUCCCCUCUUGCAUAUGAAGGUUGUACAGUUUCUUACUCACUGCACACCUCAGCGUCUGCGUUCCCAAAUGGUACCCUAUUCUCUAAAAAGUGCACUAUUUGGGACAGACUUUUUUUUACCACAAGGCUUUUCUGUGGCCACUUUCACGGUCUGCAUCUGUCAUUACAGAAAAAAAACGUUACUAUUCUGUUUGUGAACUAAUUGUUAAAACGCAACAAUGCAGAGGUCGUAUUUUCAUUGAAAGAUUUUUCACUCCAAGGUUUUUAUAAGGGUCGACUCAAAUUAAAAUAGUAGAAUUACCCAGAUACACACUCCCAACUGUGGAGGGGUCCUGGCCUCAGUCACUUCCUGUGGACGAGCGACCAGGGAAGUAAGAGUAACCCAACACCCCGAGCCCAUGGCACCCCUAGAGCUAACAUCCAAUCAUAUGCCUCUGUUCUUGUUACAUAAGAACCCAGCCCGCAGCGCUCCCAAAGCAUUACUCAUUCAGCUUGUGGCAACGGAGCGCUAUGAAAACACAUAGUUGGAAGACUCCUCUUUUGGUUUUCUAUGUUUAAAAAUACAUCCCUCUCUUGCUGUCCUCUGGUUUGAGUUUGAAUGAGGUUUAGCCUGAUGUAAGUCUAAAACAACUAUCCCAAUCUACACACUAAAUAGUGAACAAGAGUACAUCAUAUAAUGACGAGAUGAAUUAUAUUCCAUAUGGUCUCCGACGUGAUCAUGUCUAGAAUCAUAUAUUCUAUAGGCUAAUCUUUAUGAAACCUAGAACAAAUACUGGUCCACUGAGGCAGGGGGGUUCUUAAACUUUUCUAGUUUGAGCCCCAAAUUAGAACUUGAUCAUCCUCCCCUGACCCAAAUGGCCCUCCAACAACUCAAAUGAAGAAGAAAUAGGGUGUGAUUAUAUUCUCACAUGCCCAGAGCCCACUUUGGGUCCCGACCCAUAGUUUAAGAAACCCUGCACUAAGGCAUUGUUGCAUUUUGACUGCUAUACAUUAAACGUAUAAAACCAGACAA